AUGUCAGCCGUUGAUUUAAGAAAGAAGGCAUUUUCCAACAACAACCUCAAAGAGUUGAAUGGACACAGCGGAUCUGAAACUAACACCACCAGUGAGAUGUUCAAGACAGACCUGGAGGUCAACUUGACCAAGCCAUCAUUGUACGGUAUUUACAAGGAGGAUUCAUUCUCCAACUUUAGUAAUGAGAAUCUUGGAGAUGAAUCAGAAGUGCUAUUUGUUACGCCACCACAACUGCUGCAACAACAGAAUGAAUCCAAUAAUGGGGUCAAUCCAGCCAAAUUUGCUGGGAAAGUUGCAAUUCUUACUUUAUCUUGUUUGCUUUACAACGAGAUCACCAAGAAUAUCCACAUUAGACACUCUUUAGAAGGUGGUGCAACCCUUCAACCUGUGCAUUUUUCCAACAUGUUUCUUUCUAAAUUCAUUCAUACUCUUCGUCCAGUGACUCAUUUUGCCAUUGAUGGUGGAAACAUUGUCAAUUGGAUAGACAUUGGAUUGGCAGCCAUGAUCCAAGGGGUUGCCAUGGGCGCCAUCCAUCCCUUGAUGGAUGCACUCUUGCCAGCUGCAUUAUCCAAAAGAUUACUCUCUUCUGCUCCACAAUCGAGCCGUUCUCAAAAUGCCAAUUUAUUCAAUGAUUUGGUUCGUCUGUUGAUUACCUUUUUAGGUAUCUCUUACGGAGUACGGAAGAUUGAAUGGGCUUCCACAUUACAAGUUCUGUUGUUAUGGUCUCUUUUGAACCCAUGUUUGUGGUUACUUCUUGAUGGUACUAUCAAUGGGUUUUUGGCUAGUUCCCUUGCCGCCUUUGGUGCAUGUGUAUGUGUUUAUUUCCAAAAUUUUGAUGCAUUGAAUCUUCAAGCCAAUAAAAAUAGAGAUGACUUUAUUGCCACAUGGCUUUGGGUUGCCUCAUUCUUUUUCUGUGGACUUAUUAUUUUUGGAAAGUUGGGAAGAGGGUUAUUUGGUAAAUAA